AUGGCGUUGACCAUGAUCAGGACGACAUAUAUACACAAGAUUGCUUGCGAGCUUCCCUUAGACGGAAAGGCUUCAGCUAAAGCAAAGCCCAGAUUUUCAGAUGAGCUGAAGUUUGAGCGAUCAGUAUUAGAUCGUCUGGAACGCAUUUACAAUGACCGGCUACUCUCAAGCAGUAAUAAAAAUCAUGAUUUGCUUUUACCGGUAAAACCCAAAACGCCAUGGGAUUUUUACGAAGGGAAACCCGUGAAAGUAGCGUACCAGGGAGCGCGUGGGUCGUACUGCCAUGAGGCGGCGGUUCGAGCCUUCCAGCGGUGCGAUGCGCUUCCCUACCCAGAAACAAUGGAGUCAGCCUUCCAAGCUCUGGAAAGCGGCGCCGCCGACAGAGCGGUGGUGGCAGUGGAAAAUUCUUUAGAUGGCGUCGUGGGGAGAAACUACGAUCUGCUGCUGCGCCACCAUAAUAUACACAUCGCGGGGGAGGUGCUUCUGAAAGUUAAUCAUUGUCUGUUGGGGUUAAAUGGGAUAAAUGGGGUGAGACGGGUUCUCGGCCACCCGCAGGCGCUGAGUCACUGCCGCCGCCGCUUGCAGAGUCUGAACGCCACCGUUGAGGCCGUCGAUUGUGCCGCCGAGGCGGCGCGAUUGGUUGUUGAGAGGGAAUGUUGUGACGUGGCAGUCAUUUGCAGCGGCGUUGCUGGGCGAGAAUUGGGGCUUCGUGUUUUGGAGCCGGCAAUGCAGGACGAUGACGAUAAUUUUACGCGGUUUCUUGUUCUUGCUAAACAUUUACCGGUGGCUUCUGAAGCCUCCGGUACAACUUCCAAGACGACAGUGGCGUUUUCUGUAGAAACUGCUCAUCUGGUGAAGGCUGUGGAGAUUUUUGAAAGGAGAGGGUUGAGAGUUGUGAAGAUCGAGAGCCGGCCGAGAAGGGAAAAGCCCAUGAGAGACGGCGUGGGAGGUUUCAAGUAUUUUGAGUAUGUUUUUGUGGUGGAUUUGGAGGGAUCGGUUUCAGACCCCGCCAUGGAAGGAGCUCUUUUUGAUUUGGAACAAAUUGCAGGGCGUGUUAGAGUUAUGGGGAGUUAUGCCAGCGAUUUAUAG